GAGCCGGCGUGGUCCAUUAGCAGCGGCGGCAGCGUUUCCCGGCGUGCCCCGCGGCGGAUUGUACACAAUCAUCAUGGCCGCCGCCGCCGCAGCCGCUGAUGGUGCCGAGGAGCCGGGCAUGGAGGCGGAGGCGCAGGAGCUGCCGCUGGGCUGUGGCGGAGGGGGCGGCUCGCCGGCGGCGGGGAGGUCUCCGGAGAGCGAGGAGCGCCGGGARCCCCCGCAGGCGUCUGUCAGCAACGGCGGCGACGAGGACAGCGGACGGGAGCUGGUGGAGCUGAAGGUGAUCUGGAACAAGAACAAGUACGACGUGAAGUUCUGCUUGGACAGCACGGGAGCCGAGCUGAAGCAGAAGAUCCACUCGCUCACAGGCCUCCCACCGGCCAUGCAGAAAGUUAUGUUCAAGGGACUUCUGCCSGAGGAGAAAACGUUGCGAGAAAUCAAAGUAACAAAUGGAGCRAAAAUAAUGGUUGUGGGCUCUACCAUCAACGAUGUGUUAGCUGUAAAUACACCCAAAGAAGCUGCUCAACAGGAGGUCAAGGCUGAGGAAAACAAAAAGGAGCCACUUUGCAGGCAAAAGCAACACAGAAAAGUAUUGGAUAAAGGAAAACCUGACGAUGUGAUGCCUUCUGUCAAAGGUGUGCAGGAGCGGCUGCCGACAGUGCCGCUGUCUGGCAUGUACAACAAGUCAGGGGGGAAAGUCAGAUUGACCUUCAAACUCGAGCAAGACCAGCUGUGGAUUGGUACAAAAGAGAGAACAGAAAAGUUACCCAUGGGGUCCAUUAAAAAUGUGGUGAGUGAACCUAUUGAAGGCCAUGAGGAUUAUCACAUGAUGGCAUUUCAGCUGGGCCCAACAGAAGCAUCUUACUACUGGGUCUAUUGGGUCCCAACUCAGUAUGUCGAUGCAAUCAAAGACACGGUGCUGGGGAAGUGGCAGUAUUUUUGAAAGCACGCUCACCUCUGGCACAGGAAAAUGACACAAAGCUAAGGACACUGCUGGGAGAGGCCUCCAACAUCC